AUGUGCCCAAAAUGGGGUCCGAUUGCUAGUUCAAUCAGGACUUCCCUGCACGCUGCUACUCCUACAGUGCUUGCCAAGUUCAAAUGUGUCCUUGGAAAGCCCAUGUCUAUUGCAACCAACGGUUCUGGGAUCGCCGCCCUGCUGCGCAGCAUCCGGUCAUUCUUGUCUUCUAACGUUACGACUACGUCCGUUGUCCCGAUUAAGGCGUUUGUGGGGUCGGACAAUCUCUCCGAUGAUGCCGAGAUGGUUGUGAUAUUCGUAAUAGUAUUUUCUGCGCUCGCAGUGUUUGGGGUGAUAGUAGUCGUUGAUAUUACCUUGCAGAAAGCUUACGCGUUUUGGACACACUACCGUUCGUACAUCUUCGAACCCAAGGCCAAAAUUGAUGCCCUCAGAAGGAGAGAGAAAGCCGUUGGACUAUGGGAAUCCGCAGUUGCCCAUCAAGCUCGUACGAUUCAGCUGGAGAUCGAGAUUGGUGUAGAACAACGCGUCGCCCAGAUCAUGAACCGGUAUGCGACAUUGGCACAAGAAAGAGCAAACGGGCUAGAGGAUUUGGCAGCGGAAAUGAUCGAGAGUGACUCGGAUGACGAGGCUUUGUGGGAACAGGGGCUCAUACGACCCGCUGUGAGCGGCGUGUAG